AGUCACGUUGUAGUUUAAACCACUACAUAUUUUAUCUUUGCUGAAGAGAACGCCAAGGAAAGAGGCAGUCAUGGCUCGAACUCUUCUGUUGGCGUUUGCUUUAUUCUUUAACCAUGCCUAUGCCAUGAUUCAGUUGAAGGAUUUCUAUCCGUACGGAUUGAAAAACGGAGACCGUAAUCAGACGCGGAGAAAUGAUGAUCAGUUUGAUGGUCCCUUGAAAUUGAAAGUGCCGUACCCGUUCUUUAGCGGUGUGUACCAGAGCCUUUACGUGAACACGAACGGCGCCGUGUCCUUCAAGAAAGGUAUCAGACAGUAUACCCCUGAAGCCUUCCCGCUCAACGACACCAUGUUGACGCCAUUUUGGGCUGACGUAGACACCAGGAACUGGGGCCAGAUCUACUUCAGAGAGACGCAAGAUCCGGCUCUCUUGUUGAGGGCCAGUAAAGAGAUCCAGGACAUAUUCCUGACCCACAUGGACUUCACGGCAAGGUCGCUGUACAUUACAACCUGGUAUGACGUCACGUACUAUGGCGGGAACAACGCCACCUCGGUAUAUGAUUUUUAA